AUGGCACGAUUGAGUGCCUUGAGACGGAAAAUUAUUAAAUACAGCUUAAUACGAGCUUAUGCCCGAAGAUUAUCGAGUGGUAAAGUGCUAUUAAGAAGUCGCCUCGCUAGUUCACUAUUCGAGUUAUGUAGACACACAACGAAGCAAAAAAAAAGAAUACCAAAUUCUUGCACUUCAACUCUAAACUCCGAUUUCGUGCGCUAUCGUUUCAAAGCUUUCUUAAUUCAAUUAAUGCCAUGCCACAGCGAUGAUCUUUAUGCGCACUCGCCAACCCGUCAAAAAUCUCACACAGAUCGUCUUCGAAGAGAUGAAAAAUGUUUAUAUAAAGUUAAAACACAUUUGAUUAAGCGAGCACAAGGCAGAAUCAUUUAUUAA